AUGGCAAGGAAUAAGAAAAGUCGGUCGACCAGCGACGAGGCCGCAGAGCUGGCGACUCUGGUGAAUUCCAGGGGCACAGUUGCCACGGUCAGCGAGUCUGAGGUCAAUGCUCAGGGAAGUUUUGCAAAGUUGAGUAAUGGAGGCGAGUUCAUUGGUGAAGAUGGCGAUCUCAGUAAUUUCGCGUCAGCAAAUCAGUCGUUAGAAGAUGUAAAUUCAGGGUCUGUCAGCGGGAUUAAUGACCCGGAGAACAUAAAUAACAGCGACAGAAACGAUAGAACCGGCCCAAACGAUGAUUCAGGGUCAAAUAAUCAACAGGGAGGACCGCCUCCGGAACCGUCGCCGCUGAUACGAGCAGCACAGACAGGCGAUUUAGAAGGACUGACAGCCCUGGUUGAACAGGAGAAAGCGUCGGUCCAUGAUUUGUCGGAAGACGGAACAAGCGCUCUUCAUUGGGCAGCAAUUAAUAAUAGACUGACAGUUUGCGAGUAUCUCAUUAAACAGGGAGCUACAGUCGACUUGAAAGGUGGUCAAUUACAAGCUACUCCUCUACAUUGGGCCUGUCGAAGUGGUCUGGUGUAUAUAGUUCAUCUUCUGCUCAAUCAUGGAGCAGAUCCGUUGAGAACAGAUGCUCAGGGGUUCAAUGCUUUACAUCUGGCUACCCACUCAUCAAAUGUGAUGCUGGUCAUUUAUUUGUUACAUCACGGAUUACAAGUUGAUAUAGUGGAUCCUAAUGGCCGUAGUAGUCUUCACUGGGCUGCAUAUCAGGGAGACGCACUUACUAUUGAUACUCUGUUGAAAUGGGGAGCUGAUGUUAAAUUAAAGGAUAAAAUGGGAUUUAUUCCUUUACACUGGGCUAUUGUUAAAGGCUCAAAACCGUGUAUUCAGAAACUGAUUGAAGAAGGGUCAGACGUGUUUGCCCCGUCCAACGAGGGGAAAACCCCCAGAACCAUGAGCCAAGAAAUGAAUACGGUCCAAGCGUUUGAAAGUGCAUUAGUAGAAGCAGGACGACUGACAAACGGUGAUUACAGACCCCGGUUUUUAAGCGAAAGACAUACCAAUAUAAUUAUAUUCCUGUCGCCAUCACUGGUGUUUCCAACUGUUUUUGGCUUUUUCGCAUGGCUGCCAUGGUUUAUAGCAUGGCCUAUUACGGCCGGAUUCUAUUAUGGAUAUCUUAGAGUGUUGAACGAUUUCAUAUUUCCUAACGCAUAUUUCGGUCAUGGAGCGUUAUUACGGUCGCCAUUUCUGUCUGGGGUAUUUCUUGCCAGUUGUAAUAUCACCUGGGUGGUCUACCUGUUUUUCAUUCUGCCUGCUACAAUAGCCAUAGCACCUAUUCUGAACCUGGCGUUUUUUUCAGUGUUUGCCCUGGCUAUGUAUGCAUUUUACAAGACCAUGACCAUGGAUCCUGGAUACAUUCCUAAACCAUCAGGAAUCAGCGAGCAGAAGAAGAUCAUUGAAGAGCUCAUUGAUAAAGGAGAUUUCGACUCACGACACUUUUGCAUUAUCACCUAUGUUCGCAAACCACUGCGAUCCAAGUACGAUAGAAAGUCGAAACGCGUGGUGGCCCGAUUCGAUCAUUACUGUCCAUGGAUCAAUAACGUGGUGGGAGCACGCAACCACCGGCUGUUUAUUGUGUACGUUCUGAGUCUGUUAUUUGGAAUCUCGCUUUUCUUAUGGAUCUAUUUCGGAUACUAUAUUACCACACUGCCUGUCGAGACGGUUGCAUGUGAAAUUCUUGGUGCUACCCUGUGUAGAGCAUUUGAGUAUGCCCCGUACUCGACGACAGUCGCAUUUUGGGACUCGUUUCAACUGGUAUGGAUAGUGUUUUUGACGUUUGUACAGCUGGUUCAGAUUGCGCGAUCCAUGACCACUAACGAAGCAACAAAUCUUCACCGGUUCGGGUUUAUGGGAGCCGACGAUUUCUCGAGUUCACCCCGCGAUCAUCCCAGUAACAUGGCAGCUUUAAGUCAUAUGGCGAACAUGCCAGCAGCUCCACGAACCCGUUGCUGGUCUACAGCGUUCCGAGUGCUCGGAAUCGACCAGUUCGUGUCCACAUCAAAAGACACGUUUAUCCGCAACAACCCCGGCGCCAGCAGCAACCCGGCCAAUCACGGCAUUGUCACCAACUGCACCGAUUUCUGGUGUCCUGGCGGCAACUACAACAUCCUCGAAGAACCCCAUGGCGCCCCUGGUUCUCUCGGCGGCAAUCCCAUCGACUACUACCAACUGUGGGACUUCCCGAAACCCAGGGGCCACGACGGGUACCAACACGUGUAA